GCUACGUGAAGCACAAUGGGACCCUUCCAAGAAUAUGAGGAAAAGAAGUCACCGGAGAAAGGAAGCCCCCGUAGCCGCAUCCCACGGUUGGUCCUCCAUCCCUUCCGACCAAAAGACAAAGGCUCGCCUCUGUCUGAUUCUCCCUUUUCAGAGGAGGAGGGGAAGGAGUGUGACCUCAGCUCUGACCACUCCAAAAGGACCAUCAGCACCAACAGCUUUUGUUCUGAUGACACCGGCUGCCCCACUAGUCAGUCUGUGUCCCCCUCCAAAACCCCGUCAGGCUCAGAGCAGAGCGCUCAUGGCUCGCCGAUACUCCCCGAGCGCAAGACCAAGGUGAAAAGGGUGCGGGUGAUGGCCGAGUGGAGCGGUGAACCUCGGAGCGCCCCAAGACACAAGAGGGAGCUGAGGUCGGCCAUGAAAGCCAGAGGUAGUGAGGCAGACUUCAGCUCCUCCAGCAGCACAGGCAGCCUAAAGACCAGGGGGAACCUCACUUUCAGUUCAGCUGGAAAGAAGGCUCCAUCACGCAAUCGCAGCGCCCAUAUCAGACCGCUCCCAGUAUUCAAACCAGCCGGGAGCCCCUCAGCAAACCGUGAUGCAGAGCUCUACGCUCCCUACAGGACUCCUCCCAGGGCUGCCUCCUCGACCAACAGCAGCUGUAACUCCAGUCCAACUUCCAGAAGAGCGAACCUGGGCCGCUACCACUCCUGUGGAGACAACCAUGGCAUCAGACCCCCGAACCCUGAGCAGUAUCUCACCCCCCUACAGCAGAAGGAAGUGGCAAUCAGACACCUGAAGACCAAACUGAUGGAGUCUGAGAACAGAGUCCGGGACAGAGAGACAGAAAUUGAGGAGCUUAAGAUGCAGCUCAGCAGAAUGAGAGAAGACUGGAUCGAAGAGGAAUGUCAUCGGGUGGAGGCUCAGCUGUCCCUUAAAGAGGCUCGUAAAGAGAUCAAGCAGCUGCGUCAGGUGGUCGAAACAAUGAAGAGCAGCCUGAUGGAGAAGGAUAAGGGAAUACAGAAGUAUUUCAUCGACAUCAACAUCCAAAACAGGAAGUUGGAGUCCCUGCUGCAAAGUAUGGAGCUUGCGCAGAGUGGCGCCAAUCUCCAAGAUGAAAACACCUUGGACUUCAUCUGUGACAGCUCCGAUAGUUGUGGGAAGAAGAUGGUGGGGGAGGAAGAUGGUGGGAUGGAGUUGGAAGAACAAGGGGCAGAGGCGAUGGCGGACAGUGGGCUGCUGGCAAAUGAUGAGAUGGCCAACAGAGAGGACAUUUUAGAGCAGGUCCUCAUGUCCACUGCGGUGGAUUUCAGUCAAGACUCUAACAGUAAGCUGAGAGCAGGGACAGAGUCUGGGCCUGUGGGUUCUGCGCUGUCAGUAGAGGAACAGUUGAUUGAUGUAUCUCCUGAACCCCCACCAACUCUGCCAAACACAGGUUCCAACACUGUCAUCAUCUCUUCAAGCACACCUUCCCAGCAGAAUGCAGAAGAUAAAGGAAUCCAGACCGACAUAAUGCCCAUGUCUCCAGACCUGCCAGCUCUGCUCCUCCAGCUGCUAAAGUUCCAUGGGGCAACAGCAGGGGACACAGUUCUGUCAAACUCCAGCAGUCUUCUGGUCCUCACAAACCUACCCACUUCCACUUCCACCAUUGCCACUCUCCCUGACUCAACACCUCCCCCGCCCAGCAUGAUCAACCCUGCUCCCCCAGAGAGCCCUGACACCUCCACCGAUUCUGGCAUGUGCUGCUCAGAACCUGCAGAGAGCCGAAGGUUCAUGAAGGAGCUGGACUUUGUUGUCGGUGAGGAGGAACCUUGUCUGUCGCCAGAGCUGGAUGUGGUUGGAAAGCAUUACUGGAGCAACAGCUUCUUGGUGGAUCUGGUUGCAGUGGCAGCCCCUGUACUGCCCACUGUAGCCUGGCUGUACUCGAGGCACGGCGUGGACGGAAGCGCUCCAGUGUACAACAUUGCUGCUCUUAUUAGGGGCUGUUGCAUCAUGGGAUUGCACUCUCUUCGUCACGUCACUCACAGGCCGGAUGUUUAAAGGCUUCCACCUCGCAUGCACGCGCCUAAUCUUGAACUAAAAGCACUUAAGCAUCUUUUCAAGAGUAUUUGUGAGAUUUGUGCAUUUUUGUUAAACACUUAAUGAUAUUAAUGCAGUUAUUUUGGUUCCAACACUGUUAUUUUGCACUGUGCAGUUACCAUAAGUUGAAGGAAAAUGGUGACAUGAAAGGGAUUAUUUUUAACAGAGGUUAUUUAUAUAUUUAUUUAUCAUGUACAUGUAGAAGCUGAUCAUCUGGGUAGAUGGUUAUGUGUUAUCAUUGUCCGGUUACGUCCCCAGUUGUCCAUGAAUUUAGGGAAAAAAAAAAAAAAAGUUUGUUUGUAUGAGAUUUUUAGGAAGUGAAAGAUUAAAUGUUCUGUUUGAUGGGUUCUGAAAAUUCUAAUGGUUUGAGUUAUUGUUCAGAAAGAAACCUUAAACCUUCAGCCAAAGCUUUAAUGUGAGUUCACUGUUAUUGUUUUGUGAAGAAGUAUGUAUUUUUUUUUCCCUCCCUGGGAUAGAGCUUUAUUCAGUACAGCCUGUGUAUUGUUCAUAGAAAUAAGUUGAUGCUUCAAAGCAAUUGCCACUUGUUAUGUGCCUCAGCUAUGUGCAAUACUGGUGGUUUACAUCAAAUGUCCUUGUAUCUUUAUUAUUAAAGCAUGAUAAAUUCA